GUCAUUUCCUCAUCUUUACAGUUAUUAAGCUAGAAUGAACUUUUGAAAACAAUGAACUUCUCCAGUUUUUAAAAAUGAAAACCUCAAGUGACUUAUUCACAUGUUUGCAGGGAGAGAGAAAGGAUCUAUCAUCAGGUGUCACAAUAGCUCUCUCAAUCAUUUAAAUAUUCAUCAUGGACUGUCUGGAAGCAGGUCCAUCAAACACUUGUUGAUUUGCUAUGCCAGUCAGUGCUUCUGUGGUUUGACUCAGUUUCCUUUGGAAGAGAGAAUAGAACUUCUUUGGGUCCUCAGGUCUACCAUCAGCUCCUUCAUUUCCUCCUCUUCUUAAGGUAAUCCUUGUCCUCAUCUCUUUCUUUUCCAGGUCUGAAUCUCUACACCCUCACUCUCAGGUUUCUGCUCUGAACUAGGCGUUGCUGACAAGAGAGGACCCGGCAGGGCAGCCUGCUGCAUAAUCUGUCUGGGUCAGUCCUGAAGCUUUACUCAAAAUGCCUCAUCUCCAGACAUACUCUGUUACUGAUGAAUCAUUUCCGCGUUCUUAUCAGUUCUUGUUCCUCUGAAGCGAUUGUUGUGUGCUCCAUGGGAGUUGGCAAUGAGACUUCAGUCACUGUGUUUGUUCUCCAAGGACUGUCCAACAAUCCUCAGAUCCAGCUGCUACUCUUUGUGGUAUUUUUAGUAAUUUACCUUCUGACCCUCACAGGGAACCUGCUGAUAAUGCUAAUUAUCUGUACUGAUUCGCACCUCCAGACUCCCAUGUACUUCUUCCUGGGACAUCUCUCCUUCCUGGAUGCUUUCUAUUCCUCAGUGAUUGUGCCUAAACUGUUAGAAAACCUUCUUUCCAAGGUGAAGGCAGUAUCCUUUCAUGGGUGUUUCACUCAGAUUUCCUUGGUCAUAUUUUCAGGGGCCACUGAAGCCUGCCUUCUUUCUGUCAUGGCCUAUGACAGAUUCCAGGCUGUGUGUCACCCUCUACUGUAUGUGGUGGCUAUGAACAGAAGGGUAUGUACUGGCCUAGUGGGUGCAUCCUGGGCCUUAGGAAUAAGUGCCAGCCUAAUGAAUACUCUCUUACUAGCUCAGCAGCACUUCUGUGGCCCCAACCUCAUCCACAAUUUUGCCUGUGAGCUACCCCCAGUGCUUUUGUUGGCCUGUUCCAACCCCUACAGUAGUAUCGUCUCCAUCCUGGCCACCAUGGUGGUGCUGGGCUUUGGCACUCUUGUCCCGUUGCUGGGUUCCUACAGCCGUAUCAUCAUGACAGCCCUCGGGAUCAACUCUGCCACAGGUCGAAGCAAGAUCUUCUCCACCUGCUCUUCUCAUGUCAUUGUGGUCACCACCUUUUAUGGUUCAGGAUUUUUGAGGUACAUGACUCCAGCAUCUGGCUCAGCAUUGGAACAAGUGGUAUCCCUUCAGUACAGUGUGGUGACACCACUGCUCAACCCCUUCAUCUACAGCCUGAGGAACAAAGAGGUGAAGGCAGCUCUGCAGAGGAUGCUGGCCAGAAGGCCCAGGCUGAUCUUGUGACGUGGACUGCUCUGCUUCACCAGGAGGAAAAGAUACAGAGCACAAAGAGAAGCAAAGAAGAGCCAGGAAGAGCCACCACUACUUUGCUGUCUCAGUGCUCAACCCUUUCAGAGAGAAAAGACGUGGCUUCUGUUCAUCCAGUGAUCUGUCCUCAGACAAAGGAAAUGAGAACACCUCCACAAUAGAGCAGGUGACACUGCACAAGACAAUCUUCAGGUCUUCACGGGCAUUUGAUUUUAUAUCUUAUUUCUUCUCCUUCCUAUCUUUCCCUUCUCUCCAUCUCCCUUGUCUCCCCUCUUUUGUUUAUGCACAGAAUGUAAAUCAACUCAUCAGGACACUAGCUAACUCUAUUAUCCCACUGCACUCUACUAUCCCAUCCAGAUACUGUGAGAGCUAAUUGCCCUUUAUUCCCAUUCCAAAGGAUCCCUGGCAAAUCCGUAUCUUAUUAACAACUUAAGAAAUAGAAUAAGAUCUCAGUUUUCCUGUCUUCGUUCUUAAAAAGUAGCCCCUUAACCAGACCCUAGAAAAUCCCCACUGCUGUGGACAACCUAAGGAAUGAAAGAAGGAAUAAAUCAUUGAUCCAUCUGACAUCUUUCUCUUGCAUGAUCCUAGCAAGCAGGUGGAGGUGAAUAUUCCCCUUUAAAAAGUGCACUGAAAACAGUACCUUUGUCUAAUGUCUUCUGUGCCCCUGUAUCUGGUACAUCCUGACACCGUCAGGAUGUGUUAGAUAAGUGAAAAAAUAAGUGACUGAGAGGAAGGAAAAGUAAGAGUGCUAUGAAGAGGAACAUUUAAUAACAUGCCGUAAUCUCCUAUCUUCACAACAAGACAGGUGUCAAAGGAAAGCAGCGGGAAGGAGAAAUCAGGAAAGGAAAUAAGAGACUGGAUAUUGUAAAGCACCAUUCUGAAUCUUUCUCAAACAAAUCUUGGUUAAUGGCCUGCAUUCUGACCUUUAUCUGAGGCUCCAACACGAAGGUUGGAAAAUUUUUGAUCCAUGUCUGGUUCAUGACCUCAUUCCAGAUCUAGAGAAAAGCAGAGUUGGAUAAUACAAAGCAAAUACCCAGCUUCUGUACAACUGGAUACUUGGUUCCCAGUAGAUACUCAGGAAGAAAGUGGCAGUUUCUGUCUCAUUUCCACUGAAAGACCAAGAGGUCUGUGAUAGUCAAUACUACUUCCAUUAGGAGAUGAGAACGCAUCCUCAGUGGAGUGUGUGUUUAGUAUGCAUAAAUCCUUUAAUUCACAAAUAUUUGUAUAACAUGCAGUACACUGUGCAAUAAUUGAAUGGACUUUUUUUAAAGUUUGAAGACUGCUUUCAUUUAUGCUAGCUUUGUGCCUGUUCUUGACCCUUGAAUCAGACUAAGGUCUUAUUUAUAAAUAAAACUCUUACUUCCAGGUUCCUUCAGGCUCCCAAAGAUCACGGUCUCAUAGAUUAGCAUCCUUGCCCUUUCAGGUAUGCUUUCCCAGUCUCUGUAAGAUGAAGGCUGAUGCUGUGGUUUGGAUGUUGCAUGUACCUCAAGGCCCACUUAUAAAGGCUUGAUCCAUGGCCUGCAGCACAUCAGUAUUAGGAGAUGUUUUAGGAUGUGUGACCUAAUGGGAGCUCCUUAGGUCACUGAGCAUGUGCUUUCGAAAGAGGUUGGAGAACUACAGGUCUCUCUAUCUCUCUGUUCCUCUCUCUGUCUCUGUCUUUCUGUCUCUCUGUCUCUCUCCUCUCCCUGAUCUUCCCUUUCUUUCUCCUUUAGUGUCCUCCUUAUCCCUGUCCCAUUCCCCUCCUUUCUUCUUUCCUUCCCUCCCUUACUGUCUACCCCACACAGUGGAAUUCCUUGACUUUGAACCUCUAAAACAAUGAAUUAAAUAAAACCUUUCUCUUUAAUUUAGAUGCCUCAGGUAUUUCACUGUAGUAAUACACAUUUGACUAAUAUAAUCCUGGAAUGACCAUCACAGCCCCAGCUUUAGUGGCAUUCCUGUUCUAGCUCCUUGAUGGAGGUGGUCCCUCAUAUUGUCUAGAGCAUGUAGCUGUGUCAGAUUAACAGGUAAGAAAUAAAUACUCAGUAUCAAUGGGUUUAAUGUCCAUCCAACUCUGCCUCCUCACAUACACAAUACACAGGGCGUGUAUGAACCCUGAGGACUUUGGGAAGCCUGGUGUCCCAUACUUAGGAAGGGAAACAAUGAAAUGCU